AUGGACAGGGGUGUAGAGACAUCAAAGGGUGGUUGUAGUGAUUCAGGGUAUCUGGGUGGUUGUGAAAGGUCGAGUCACAGGGCACCGGCAACAGAGAGUGGGCAUAUGUCGGUCGAACAUCUAGUUAGUCAAAGUAGUGAUGAUAAUGGUGUUGACAUUAUUGCAGCUAGGACAGAAGAUGUUAUGGGGAAAGAGUUUAAAAUGAUAGAAUUAGAGGAAGAAUAUUAUAUGAGUUAUGCAAAGAGCAUUGGAUUUAGCAUGAGAAAAGACAAAUUGGUUCUUAAUUCGGAAGGGAAAGUAUGUAGGAGAUGGUGGUGUUGUUUUAAAGAAGGUUUGAGAAAUGAGAAGUUUAAUGAUCGACCGGAUAAGAUUCGACAACCGAAGCCAAGUACAAGAGAGAAUUGCCCUGCCCAUUUUGGGUGGGUUAUGAGAAGAAACGUGAUACUUACGUUGUUACGAAUUUUGAACCACAUCACAAUCAUCAACUAG